AAACAACACUACAACGCGUACCUUCAAAUAAAACACAUACCUUUCAACCUCUACCUCUUUCUUUACUCUUUCUACAACAUCCUUGCUACAAACUCACUGUAAGUACAUAUAUCUUUUGAUCUACUUCUUUGUCUUGUGUAUACUUCACUAACUCAUCUUAAUGUUAGCAAAUGGCUCGUAUUAAGCAAACUGCUAGGAGAUCAACUGGCGGCACAGCACCAAGGAUGCCACUUGGAUUACAGGCUGGCUCUAGGCUUGGUGGAAAGGGAAAGGGAAAGGAAAAGGCUGUGCGCACAGCAAGAAAAGCUCCAGUUCGCUCAUCUCAAGCUUGCAACAAUCAUGCUCAGAAGGCCAUGCGCCGUGCAAAGUCUGGCACCAAGGCUCUCCGCGAUAUCAGAAGACAGCAACUUGAUACUCGCCUGAUUAUUCCAAAGCUCUCAUUCCAGCGUCUUGUUAGGGAAAUCGCACAAGACUUCAAGUCCAAUCUUCGCUUCCAGCAAUCUGCUAUCCUAGCUCUCCAGGAAGCUGCCGAAUGCUUCCUCAUUCGAGAAUUUGAGAGUAUGAUACUUGAACAUAGUGACAGGGACAUACUAACAGUUAUAGUGACAAAUCUCCUUGCUAUUCAUGCGAAGAGAGUGACAAUUCAGGCAAAGGAUAUGGUAUUGGUUCGGCGUUUGCGGGAUAUGAUGUUUAAUCAUGGAGCUGUAGGCUUAAUCGAUGGAAAUGUCUCUCACCCAGGAAUGAAGGUUAGAUAAGUUCUGGCAACCUUCUGGUAACCUGGUACCUAAAGGCAAAGGUUAUAGUGUGGAAUAGGAUAUCAACGACAUGGGAAUGGAGUUAUUGAGUUAUGGCGUUUUACGAUAUCGAUAUCAAUGUGAAGUCACGAUCAC